GUUAAACUAAUUUUACUGAAAACUGAAUUUAUUGUUUUUAUGAAAUAUAUUUAUACAGAAAUUAGGUUAUGUAUGUGUCGAAACAAAUUGUUUAUCGUUUCAAUGUCUUUGUUGGUUUAUGCGAUAAUUGCGAUAAAAGCAGAUAGCGACUUUUAAUCUUUCAUAAGAAUAUUUUUCGUUUUCUUAUUAAGAAAAGUACUUUCUGAACGAAAGUCUGUACUUACAUAACCUUUAAAGAGUUUUCUGCGUAGAAACACAAUUCACUGAUCAAAUCAAUUAUUAAAAAUGUCUCCAAGAAUUGUUGUCGUGGGUUCAUGUAUGAUUGAUUUUACUUGCUUUUCUCCAAGUUUACCGAAACCUGGUGAAACAUUAAUUGGUCAUAAUUAUGAGAUAAAGUAUGGAGGUAAAGGUGCCAACCAAUGUAUAGUAGCUAACAAACUUGGUGCUUCGACAGCAAUUGUUGCUUCUUUAGGUUGUGACAUAUAUGCUCAAGAAUAUUUAAAGAUAUUUAAGAAGGAAAACAUAGAUGCUUCUCAUGUCCAAAUACAACCAAAUCAACACAGUGGAAUAGCACAUAUAACUGUUGCUGACAAUGGUGAGAAUUGCAUAGUAGCUGUAUUAGGAUCAAACGCUGCUUUAAGUCCGGAACACGUGGACUCUGCAGUUGACGUUAUUAAGGGCGCCAACGUUUUACUAUGCCAAUUCGAGACACCUAUAGAAACUACAUUACACGCUUUAAGGCUUUUUAAGUACCAUGGUCUGUCGAUAGUGAAUGGAGCUCCUGUUACAAAAAAAAUUGAUCCGGAAUUGUUGAAACUUUGCGAUGUAUUCUGUGUUAACGAAACUGAGGCAGAGGCUAUGACCGGAGUGGAGCUUGUGGGAUCUUCGAGCAUGGAACAGGCAAUCAACAUAUUGUUAGAUAAAGGUUGCAAUACGGUAAUACUUACUCUUGGAGAGCAAGGAGCAGCGUAUGCAUCCCAGGACGACAGAAGCGUUAAAUUGGUCCCUACCACGCGUGUUCAGCCAGUAGACACAACAGGAGCCGGAGAUGCAUUUCUGGGUGCUUUUGCAUACUUCAAAGCUUAUCACCCAAACCUUUCGAUGAACGAGUGUAUCCGAAGAGCUUGCAUGGUCGCUACGGAAUCUGUGCUGAAAAGCGGUACACACGCAAGCUUUCCGACCAGGAGCGAUUUGUCGCCAGAUUUGUUCGUCGAAUGAAUCAAACUUAUAUUUGUUUAUUGUUUCUCUGUUCUUAUUACAAUGUUCCGUUCAAAUUAUUCCCCUUGUUAAUCAUUCGACGAAAUAUUUAUUGAAUAAAAUAGAUUGUUUUUUGAGAAA